AUGAAUCUUUUCAACUUGGACCGUUUUCGCUUUGAGAAAAGGAGUAAGAUUGAGGAAGUGCCCGAAGCAACCCCCCAACCCUCCCAGCCUGGCCCUUCUUCACCAAUUUCUCUUAGUGCUGAAGAGGAGAAUGCUGAAGGGGAGGGUAGCAGGGCAGGCACACCUGAUUCAGAUAUAACUGAAAAAACAGAAGAUUCUAGUGUUCCAGAAGCUACAGAAAAUGAAAGAAAAGCUGGUAUAUCCUAUUUCAAGAAUCAAAGGGGAAUACAGUAUAUUGAUCUGUCUUCUGAUAGUGAAGAUGCCGUGUCUCCAAAUUGUUCCAGUACAGUCCAAGAGAGAAAGUUCAACAAAGACACAGUGAUUAUAGUUUCUGAGCCAUCUGAAGAUGAAGAGUCCCAGAGCCUUCCUACCAUGGCAGGUAGACAUAAUGAUGAUAUUUCAGAAAUGGAAGACUUUUCGGAAUUGGAAGACCUUAAAGAUGCUAAACUUCAGACCUUGAAGGAACUUUUUCCACAAAGAAGUGACAGUGACUUACUUAAGUUGAUUGAAUCAACAAGCACUAUGGAUGGAGCAAUUGCUGCUGCCUUGCUGAUGUUUGGUGAUGCAGGUGGUGGACCCAGGAAAAGAAAAUUAUCUUCUUCUUCAGAGCCAUAUGAGGAAGAUGAGUUUAAUGAUGAUCAGUCUAUAAAAAAGAAAAGACUGGAUCACGGAGAAGAAUCAAAUGAGUCUGCAGAAUCUAGCAGUAAUUGGGAAAAACAAGAAAGUAUUGUAUUGAAAUUGCAAAAGGAAUUUCCCAAUUUUGAUAAACAGGAACUAAGGGAAGUACUCAAGGAACAUGAAUGGAUGUACACAGAAGCUUUAGAAUCUUUAAAAGUGUUUGCAGAAGACCAAGAUAUGCAGUAUGCUUCACAAAGUGAAUUUCCAAAUGGAAAAGAAGCUUCUUCAAGAAGUCAGAAUUAUCCUAAAAAUUCAGCUAAAACAAAACUGAAACAGAAAUGUUCCAUGAAACCACAAAAUGGUUUUAAUAAGAAACGUAAAAAAAAUGUAUUUAAUCCUAAGAGAGUUAUUGAAGACUCUGAAUAUGAUUCGGGUUCUGAUGUCGGCAGCUCACUAGAUGAGGACUACAGUAGUGGUGAAGAAGUGAUGGAGGAUGGCUAUAAGGGUAAAAUUCUUCACUUUCUUCAAGAUGCUUCAAUUGGUGAACUAACUUUGAUUCCUCAGUGUUCUCAGAAAAAGGCUCAGAAGAUAACUGAACUCCGGCCCUUUAAUAGUUGGGAAGCUCUGUUCACAAAGAUGUCCAAAACUAAUGGCUUAUCAGAAGAUUUGAUAUGGCAUUGUAAAACACUGAUCCAAGAAAGGGAUGUAGUUAUAAGGCUUAUGAACAAAUGUGAAGACAUUUCAAAUAAGUUGACAAAACAAGUUACCAUGCUCACUGGAAAUGGAGGUGGAUGGAACAUAGAACAACCCUCCAUUCUAAACCAGAGUUUGUCACUCAAGCCCUAUCAGAAGGUUGGUUUGAAUUGGCUGGCAUUGGUACAUAAACAUGGACUUAAUGGCAUUUUGGCAGAUGAAAUGGGCCUGGGAAAAACUAUUCAAGCCAUUGCAUUCCUGGCAUACCUCUAUCAGGAGGGUAAUAAAGGUCCUCAUUUGAUCGUUGUUCCAGCAUCAACUAUAGAUAACUGGUUGAGAGAAGUUAAUUUAUGGUGCCCUACUUUAAAGGUGCUCUGUUACUAUGGCUCUCAAGAAGAACGUAAACAGAUUAGAUAUAACAUCCAUAGUAAAUACGAAGAAUAUAAUGUAAUUGUGACCACGUAUAAUUGCGCAAUCAGCAGUUCUGAUGAUCGUAGUCUGUUUCGAAGGCUGAAACUUAAUUAUGCUAUUUUUGAUGAGGGCCAUAUGCUGAAGAAUAUGGGCUCUAUCCGCUACCAGCACCUUAUGACAAUUAAUGCAAAUAACCGUUUGCUGCUCACGGGCACACCCGUACAGAAUAAUCUGUUAGAACUCAUGUCACUAUUGAAUUUCGUUAUGCCACACAUGUUUAGUAGUAGCACCAGUGAAAUACGAAGAAUGUUUUCCUCUAAGACAAAAUCAGCAGAUGAGCAAAGUAUAUAUGAAAAAGAGAGAAUAGCACAUGCAAAACAAAUUAUAAAACCAUUUAUUCUCAGAAGAGUAAAAGAAGAGGUUCUCAAGCAGCUACCUCCCAAGAAAGAUCGAAUUGAAUUGUGUGCAAUGUCAGAAAAACAGGAGCAACUGUAUUUGGGUCUUUUCAACAGAUUAAAAAAAUCUAUCAAUAAUAUGGUCACAGAAAAAAAUACAGAGAUGUGCAAUGUAAUGAUGCAGUUGAGAAAAAUGGCCAAUCAUCCUUUAUUACAUCGCCAAUAUUACACAGCUGAAAAGCUCAAGGAAAUGUCUCAGCUUAUGCUAAAGGAACCUACACAUUGUGAGGCUAACCCUGAUUUGAUCUUUGAAGAUAUGGAAGUUAUGACAGACUUUGAAUUACAUGUACUUUGUAAACAGUAUCGACAUAUUAAUAGCUUCCAGUUAGACAUGGACUUGAUUUUAGAUUCUGGAAAAUUCCGAGUUUUAGGAUGCAUCUUGUCUGAAUUGAAACAGAAGGGUGAUAGAGUUGUAUUAUUUAGCCAAUUUACCAUGAUGCUGGAUAUUUUAGAGGUUCUCUUAAAACAUCAUCAGCAUAGGUACCUCAGAUUAGAUGGAAAGACUCAGAUUUCUGAAAGGAUUCAUCUAAUUGACGAGUUUAAUACCGAUAUGGAUAUCUUCGUGUUUCUGCUGUCAACAAAAGCUGGUGGCCUAGGAAUAAAUCUGACUUCAGCAAAUGUUGUUAUACUUCAUGAUAUUGACUGUAACCCUUACAAUGACAAGCAAGCAGAAGAUAGAUGCCAUAGAGUAGGCCAGACUAAAGAAGUACUAGUUAUAAAAUUAAUAAGCCAAGGGACAAUUGAAGAAUCCAUGCUAAAAAUUAACCAACAGAAAUUGAAACUAGAACAAGAUAUGACCACAGUAGAUGAAGGUGAUGAAGGGAGUAUGCCAGCAGAUAUAGCCACAUUACUAAAAACGUCAAUGGGCCUGUGA